UCAAUCACAAAUGGAGCUUAGCAGACUAACGAAAGUAGAGGUAGCAACUCUCGACAAAAAUGCUUCUCCAGUUCAGAUCACAGUCAAGUCAGAGUCUGAAACAAUCCAGGUAGAAGAAAUUCAUACAAAAGUUUGCAAAGAAUUAGGUCUUGAGGAAAAAAGCAAACAGUAUUUCUUCAUCUUUGAAGGAAAAUCUAGACCAAAGAAAAGGUACAAAAAUAUAGAAUCCAUAAAAGGGCAGAUAACAGAGCCCAUCUCGGUCCAGAAAUGGUGUUUUGAUAUGAAAAUAGAACAGUCAGUAUUAAUGAAGGACCCAGCAGCUCUUCACCUGCUGUAUGUUCAAGCCAUGCAUGAGAUUGAAACAGGAAAUCUAAUAGCAAGUGCAGAAGAUAUUCAAAAACUAGAAGAGUAUUCGGAUCCAGGGUUUCCAGUAGAAAACCAGUAUGUUUCCCUUUGCCAAAGUCUUCCACAUUACAAUGCUGUGCAAUUUAGAGGCUGUUGUCUUGAUGAAGUGUUUACUUUUAAUAGUGUAGUGAUGGAAAAUGGCAUGCAGGUGUGUGUAUGGAUCACAAAGUUGGGACUGGAACUCCACCCGACAGUAAACAAUAAAUCUUCAGCAUUCCUGGUACCAUGGCAGAGCAUAAAGUCUUGGAAAAAGGUCCAUGGAAGGGAGACAGUGAUUGGGUAUGAAAUAGGCUAUGCUGACACCUGCUGGUUGUACUUAAACACUGACCAGGCUUUGCUUAUGCUUGAUGCAACCAUGAGUGUGAUAAAAGUUUUACAGAUGGAAGAUCAAGAUCAACCAUUUUUCACAGCAUCCAUGAUAAGCAGAGAAAAGACCAAAGAUGACAUUGCAAUCAUGGCUCACUGGGUUAAUGUGUUGCACAAGCCAGGUGGCGCUGAGGUGCAAGGCAUACCACCAGGACUGACAGAUAUCACAACAGUAAAAUGAAUAAAGAUUUACUGGAAUUUUUACCCAUUCUUAAACAUACAGCAUUUCUGUCACCAGUGCAGUAAAGAAUACUGCUUGUCUUUGUAGCAUGAGGAAGAUACAGAUUUACCCUAUAUCUUUUUUGCAACUUCAGCAUUCAAUCGCUCAGGUUUUUGUAUGUACAGAUAUACAUAUAAUAUGAGAGAAUGAAGUUUUAUAUUAUAUUUAGCUUUUCAUCUUUGCUUACUGUGAUACAUGUGGAUAAGUUCUGAGGAUGUGAUAAUUGAUUUAACAAAUAAUAAAUUUAAAUAAUACAUGAUAUACUUUACAUGUACACCCUAUUUUUCUAUUGUCUCUAAGAAAAAUAUGGAAUUUCAAAGCAAUCAAACAACUUGUAUACAUCUAACCUAGUCAGUAUUAUGGAUACUUAUGCUGUUUUCAGUCAUUAUCUUUACUGUUGAAAGACGUCAAUUGUUUCUUUCAUUUUUAUAAAGCAAUUAGUUGUUACAGUAUCCACAUGUAUAUUUUAUAAAAUGCCCUCGUGUCAUUUAUUAUUGUAUUCACCUAUUUUGCUGUACUAUAAAUUGUUCUCUGCUUUUAUACAGAGAUAUUCUCAAGAUGUUAAACAAAAGCACUGUUGAUGCCUCACCAAAAAAUAUUAUUAGCAAGCAUUUAGUGUACUUGAAGAAUUGAAUUUUAAAAAAAAUGAAGUAAACUUAUAAAUUAGUCAACACAAGAACAUUUUCAUACUCAGUAUGUUUUAAUCUCCUAACGUGUAUUUUGACAACAUAACUGUGAUUCGUGAAACAUUAAGAUCAAUAGAUAUUAUGAUUUAACAUUACUUAUAUUGCCACUCUCCAAUUUUUUAUAUGACAAACUGUCUGCUUUGCCUUUGAUAUUUUUCACUCUUCAAUUUUAUCUAUGAUCUGAAUUGUGAAAUGCUGUGGUAAUGCCCAUCACAGUAAAAUGCCAUUUAUACUGAGUAAUCUGUGUGAUCAUCUGAUUGAUUACCACUACUGCAUUAUAAAGAAUUGAGAAACUGAUAUUUGAAUGUUUUGUCUAAUAAGUAGUCCCAGAUGUAAAACCAGGGUAAAUGUCGGGACUUUGAAGGUGCAUAUAAAAGAAUAAAUUAAGUGGACUGAUGAAAAAGGACCCAUAAAGCACAGUGUAUUGGUACAUGAUUUACUGUACGCUGUAUGUUUGAAACAUCUUGUGACGUUGAAUGAAAAAUUAUAAGAUGGUUUGGUGAGAAGUAACAGUGCAUAUAUAUUGUAUCACAGGGUAUGUCAUUAAUGCACUGUUGUGUAUUAUAUAAAUUCUUGUACAUACUUGUAUAAUGUACUAAACUACAUGUGUAUGGUUUGGUAACGGAAUGUGUAGUAUACCAUUUAAACACAGGCAUUUCUUAAGUGAUAACAUAUAAAGCAAUAAACUGUGUAAAUUGUUGAGAAAUACUAGUUCUUGUACACCACAAAGUGUAUCUCUAUAUAUGUUUUAUCAAGGAGUUAUAACUCCUUGGUUUAAUGCAAAUCUGUUUUAUUGUAUCAGCAACAGGGUCAAUAUUUUCUAACAUAU